GCCUGAACCUCGUUCGAGGAUGUUGGCAGACCUGCAUGCCUUGACUGGAUGCUAGCUCAUCACCAAGGAUGCUAUCGCACGAAGCAGAUGGCUGCAUUGCUCCUGGUGCUCAUAACAGUGCAUGUUUCCAUUUUGAUAGUCACCGAUGCAGUGAACCCAGGUUGUAGCUGCGUACUGUUCGACAGCAUGUACGGAAAGGAGCACGGCAUCUUCACCUCUCCCAACUGGCCGACGCCUUACGAGAGGAACACAAAUUGCCUCUUGUACACGUUCGUGGGCGAGCCGGACGACAUCGUUGAGCUCACCUUUGAUGAGUUCGACGUCCAGAAGAAAAACGAUGAGUGCCUGAGUGGGGACUUCGUGCGCCUGUUCCUGCACCUGAACGAAACGAGCGUGGGCGAAGCGACGCCCUGGAACUCGGUGCUGUGUGGCACUGAAGUCGACAUCGAGCAAGUACACUACUCGGCCGGCCAGGCGUUGGUAUUCGAGUUCCACUCGGAUGGCCAACACGGAGACAACACUGGGUUCAGGGGCACCUAUCGCUUCAUCAAGAAGAACAUGUACAGAGUGGACGGCGCAGCCGUUCCCAACACGACGUGCAGCUACCGGUUCGCGAGCGCCAAUCGCACGGAAGGCCACGGCCACUUCUACUCUCCGCUCUACCCGUCCACGUACCCCAAGAACGUGCGCUGCCUGUACAGCUUCGUGGCGCGCUUCAACGAGAGGGUUCGCAUCACAUUCGAGAAGAUUCGACUUCAACAGGGUGACUACAGCUGCCUGACGAGCCCAGACACAAUCGUCGUCUAUGACGGCAAGGAUUUGACAGCCCGAGUAAUCGCGCAGUUCUGCAACACGCACUACUUCGUGGAACUUCUUUCGACCGGGCCCGAUAUAUUGGUAGAGUUCGUGAGCCGGAGUAUCUCACCUGGGCAGGGAUUCAAGGCAUCGUACCACUUCGAAGAGGAACUCCACUACGCCGAAGGAGGACCGUCUUCCGAGCUGCUGCAAGCUUGGCUCUCCAGUUGUGCCUCGACGCCCCCAUCGUGGUCUCCUGUGCAAAGUCUUGACAGUCAAGUCGAAACUACCGACGCGCCAUUGUACACGACGCCAGACCCAGGGUCCGGCUGCGACCAGUUGUUCAGCAGCACAGCGUCAAGAAACGGGACAUUCGCAAGCCCCGGUUACCCUGACAGCUACCCCGCGGACACUCGCUGCACCUACCACUUCAGUGGGGAAGGCAUCGAAAGGGCGCAGGUUGUCUUCCUCGACUUCGACUUGUACCACCCCGACGACUCGUACAACACGUGCGAAGCGGCGGAUGCCGUCACUGUGUUCGUCUCGGUCAACGGACAACGAGACAGGGUGGACAGUUUCUGCGGCAGUGACAUGCCCAACCAGGUGAUGUCGACAGGCCGCAACCUGACGCUCGAGUUCCGCUCCUUACAGAGCCCGGGGAACUCGACUGCCAGAGGAUUCCGGGCAGCCUACCAGUUCGUGACGGAUUUCGGCAUAGCUUCAGGGAAGCAAGACACGUCCUUCGCAUGCGGCUUCGCCUACAAUAGCAGCGACCGACCGAACGGCAGCUUCGCGUCUCCCAACUGGCCCGGCAUCUACCCCAGGGACACGGAGUGCCAUUACUUUUUCUACGGGCUUCCGGGAGAGAAAGUGUUCAUCGAAUUCGCCUACUUCGACAUCGAAGGCCUGCCACCGUGCACAGCUGAGACUGCCAGCGACUACGUGGAGUUCUCCAGUGCCCGAAGAGCGCAUCACAAGAUUCCUCGCCAUUGUGGCAUGCAGAAACCACCGAAUAUCGAGUCAGAGGGUGAAUUCUUCCGAGUCACCUUCAGGACCAAUGACCGUUUUGACGGAACGGGCUUCUCAGCGCAAUAUCAGUUUAGGAGCGUGAUAGAUCCCUAUACAAUCAAAAGGUUCAGGGGAGGCGCAACCUACUUACAAGGCUGUACGCAGAUUAUUGCCCUCAUCAUCUUCGUCGAGUUCCUGCGAUUUGUUGGAGGAAUUCGGUAGCAGCGGUGGCGUUUUAGUGCGGACAAUGGUGUACUCAUGCUGGUGCCUCUCACGACCAGUGACGAUAGUGGUGGCGAGCGAAAAGAUGGACUCUGUGGCACGCUAAGAAGGCACAAGCAAAGCAAUGUUUCGAACACUCUUUGACAUUUUACGGGUGUGUGGCGCAUGCAACUGUGAAUGAGGAGCACCGUUCAUCGAUGUUUCUUGCUCAAGAACUUGACGCCAUGGCUGUCGAAUGGAUGCGCGGAAGAGGCUGCAAGAGAGAUGACUCUCGGUUUCGGUCACAAAAAAGAAAAAUGCCGCAUGUGAGACACGCGGAUGUUAUGUGGGUAAUGAAGAACAUGAUAGCUAUUCUGAAACGCCUCCUUUUAUGCGGAAUGUUGAUCGGAGCUGAACAGUUGUCGUCUGUAGAUUUUUGUAUCUUGUUAUCACUCGUUAGACGUUUCGGCAGUCAGCGGUGAGGGCUUUUCUGUAGAAAUAUCGAGUUUUCUCACGCGUCUGUAGGGAAUGCCACUGUUCUAUCUCAUAAAGUUCGUUAUUUUUGCUGCCU